AUUAUUUCAAUAACUUUUCCUCUUAACACAGCUGCCUUUUUCGUCACCUUCUUUGCUGCUCCAAUCCCUCUCAAAUUACAACCACAAACAGUUUAGUUUCCUUCAAAACAAAGAAAUGGGUUGCUUCAGUCGUUCACACCGUUCCAAACCCAAAACCACACCUCCGCCGCAGUACGGAACCCAAGACCCUACUGAGCAAUUCCAACAACCCAAAAACAUCCAGCAGCAAGUCUUCCUCCAAAUCCCAGGAUGCAGAGUCAACCUCAUGGACGAAGGAGAAACCCUAGAGCUCGCAAGCGGCGACUUCGUCCUCGAAAACAUCUUGGAAAACAACGUUACUCUGGCCACCAUAAUCAAAGUCGGCGAAGAACUUCAGUGGCCGCUGACAAACGACGAGCCGGUCGUGAAGCUCGACGCUUUGCACUACCUCUUCUCCCUCCCCAUGAAGGACGGCGAUCCGCUGAGCUACGGUGUCACUUUUCCCGACCAGUGUGAGAGUCAGUUGGCGUUUCUGGAUUCGUUUUUGAUGGAGCACACUUGCUUUAGUGCCACAUCGACCAAGAAUAAUAAAAAUAAGGGGGUUGAUUGGAAGGAGUAUGCUCCAAGGAUUGAAGAUUAUAAUAAUGUGUUGGCCAAGGCGAUUGCGGGAGGGACUGGUCAGAUUGUGAGGGGGAUCUUCAUGUGUAGCAAUGCUUACACCAAUCAGGUCCAAAAGGGAGGGGAAGCGACAUUGGCUCGUCCCGUGGAGGGGAAAAGUUAUGUCAAAGAACAAGGAAGCAGUAGCAGCAAAUCUGCUGCAAAAAAGAAGAGUGGAAUCAACAAGAACUUAAAACGUGUGAAAAAUUUGUCAAAGAUGACAUCAAAGCUCAGCAAAGCUAUGCUUGAUGGGGUUGGUAUUGCGACCGGAUCGGUGAUGGGGCCGGUAGUCAACUCCAAAGCAGGGAAGUCAUUCUUCGCCUUGGUUCCGGGACAGGUCCUCUUGGCUUCACUUGAUGCCAUCAAUAAGAUUUUGGAUGCAGCUGAAGUUGCAGAGAAACAAGCCCUAUCAGCUACCAAGGGUGCUGCUGGUAGAAUCGUCAGCAACAGGUUUGGGGAGAGUGCAGGGGAGGCAACUGAGGAUGUGAUUGCAACAGCGGGGCAUUGUGCUUGCAUUGCUUGGAACGUCUUCAAAAUUAGAAAGGCCAUCAAUCCAGCAUCAUCUGUCAAAACAGGAGUGCUCAAGAAUGCUGUCAGAAAAGGAGUCAAGAAUGCUGUCAAAAAUAGAAGCAAAGAUUCUUAAAAGCCAUCUGAGAUUUGUUAAUUAGUGUUGGGAUGUUUGAUGGAUGUGUAAAAAGUUGCCACUAUGGAUUAAUUCUAAUCGUUAUUGAACCUAUUCUUAACAAGCAUUGCAUAUUGGAAGUGGGAAUUUCAAGUUUGAAACA